AUGAUUUUCAGAUUUCGAGAGUACUUCAGGAAGGCUAUAUGUGAUUGGGACUGCUGUAAGAAGAAACAGAGCACUAUGAAAUUGGAAAGAGGAGAAACGCCACCGAUUCGGAGGUUCAGUCAUUCUUACUCAAGAUCAGGAGGAACUGCCGAUGAAAUGUCUGGAUCUGCUGGCAGAAAAGGUGGCCACCAUUUAAUUGUAAGCUUCAAGUCACAGAAGAACAACAAUAUCGGUAACUCACACAGCCAACUGAUCAGCUGA